AGCAGUGCGGUUCAGCACCAUGCGAACCGUGCCCGGAAGCAUCACGGCGGCGGCCGCGUCGCGCCGAGCCUCGUCACAGCGGCUGAAGUCUGACAGGCUCCCGGAUGUUGCCACACUGGGCCGCCCACGUGUGCCCACCUUUGCGGAGGCGAUGGUGCAGGUACAGGCCGCGCACGUGCGGGAGGUCGAGGCGUUGCAGAAGGAGCUGAAAAAGGUGAGCCAGAUGUCUGCACAGAAGGCAGAUACCGGCAACACGGGCGCUCCGGCCUCGCAGCUCUACGACGUGGCAGCGGGGGUCCCUGGGGCCGUGGACACCGUCGCCCCGCGCUUCGGCCAGCAGAGGUUGAGCGCGAUUCGGAGCUGCUGCCCGUCGUGCGGAGGCCCGUCGGACGUGCCUGGGGCCCGCGUCUGCGCGUCGUGCUUCGGGAAGGAAAGCCUCCAGUGGCACCAGCAGGCCUGGUCUACGAGACACAGCUCGGAGAGGGGGGUGUCCGAGAUGUCCGACGGCACCUUCGACGACCCCUAUUCGGUCCAGGAGCACCGCGGUUCGCAUGACACGGGCAUCGUGUGGAACCCGUUCGAGGGUGCGCAGAGCGGAGUGUCCAAGAAGCUAUCCCGCUGGUUCAGUGCCGGCGGAGAAGCGCGGAAGAGGCGCAGGUCGUACAGGAUUGUGAAGAGUUGGCCCUUCGCUUUCAUGUCGUACUUGGCGAUCACCGCCAACUCAUUGUUCAUCGGCAUCAGCAUGCAGCUCGAGAUGGAUAAGGCGCAAGAUGGCAAUCCGAUGGCGAAGUGGUUGGAUUACGUGGAGCUUGGCUUUGUUAUUUUCUUCACCUUCGAGCUCCUCUGCAAGGUGGUGGCGGAGGACGUGUACGUAUUCUUCGGUCGCGAUUGGCAUUGGAACUUGCUGGACACGGUCCUAGUUGUCGCAGCUGUUCUCCAGCGUGUCCUCGAGAAGGCGUACGGUUUAGAGAUGUUGAAUUUGACAUUCACUCGGAAUCUCCGGCUCUUUCGCGUCACGCGGGUCUUUCGGGUUGUAAAGGUCGUGCAGGCGUGCCAGAGUUUGCGCGUCAUGAUUGCCUCCAUCUUCAAGUCAUUAGACGCCCUUUUUUGGGUCUUGGUUGUGCUCCUUGUCUUCAAGUACAUAUUCGCGAUGUUCUUCAUGCAUGGCACCGUCUUGUACUUCGAGUCGCAUCUUAACAGUGGCGGGCUUGCACUCAGUCUUGAGGAGCAGCAGUUCUGGUCUACCCCGCAAGAUCACAUCGAUUACAUCAAGUGCAGCUGGAGCAGCAUUGACCGAGCUAUUUUGACACUCUUCGAGAGUAUCACUGGCGGCAGGGAUUGGGGGGAGGUGUUCUACUCAUUGUGCAAGAUCGGCACCAUGUAUGGCAUUAUGUUUGUCGUCUACGUAUACUUCAUGUCCUUCUUGGUGCUCAAUGUCGUAAUUGGUACAGUGGUGGAAGUGACUUCUGGCGUUGCCGCAAGGGACCGCGACCGUCUGAUAGAUGCUGAACUGAGUUCGCUUAAGGAGUACGCCUCCGACAUUAAGACUUUCUUCAAGCAGGCAGACACCGAUGGCUCGGGCCAACUGUCGUGGGACGAGUUCAGGACUCAUUUAGAGAAUGAUCGUGUGAAGGCGUACUUCCAAUCGCUGGAUCUGGACAUCCGCAAGGCGCACACGUUAUUCACGCUGCUGGAUCACAACGACAGUAAAGAGGUAGGUAUUGAGGAGUUCCUCGACGGCUGUUUGCGUCUCAGAGGCCAGGCCAAGAGCCUGGAUAUGAAUCUUGUGAUCUACCAGCUGGACACCCUCAUCACCGACCUUGGCCUGACCCGAAAGAUCGGGACGGGCCUCCGGGCAACUACCUAUCAGGGAUGAGUAGUGACUGCAGGCAUCACGACGCUUUGAGAUGGCCUGCGGUGUGGUUGCGCACAGACAGCCCCCAGAUGUAGUCCAGGCUGGCCUCAUCUUGCCUCUAGGGCAGUCUUGGGCGGUCUCAACUCAGGAGAAAAUACGGGAAACUGUAGGGCAUCCUGUGAUUUGUGCGUAUUUAUUGGUACGUCCCGGGGCCCCCUCACCAGCACCCCGAUGCAGUGGCGCGGAGCGCCCAGGGGACGCCCUGGAGGCAGCACGGUGGCGCGGAGAUCGCUCGGGCGUGCUGCUGAGGGCGGCCUGGGCUGCGUCCAGGGCCUCUCUCUGCGCAGCGCCAGGGCCUGUCGACGGCUUGGGCGAGGCUCCCGCCAUCGCGCCGUCCGCGUCGACUGCUGCCGGCCUCCAACAGGGAGGCUCGACGGGCGGCACUCCUGGCGUGGCCCCUGGGAUCGAUUACCCCGCUCCCGUGUCAGCGCCUCCCCGUCUGCGGGGUAGGGAGAGCAUCUCUCGCUUGUUCUCUCUGUUGGAUUAUGUUGCUCCCAUUUUUCGAUUCCAUGAUCCUCUUUCCCGUCCUUCCCUUUGUUUUCUCCCGCUCCUCGUUCUCUUGUUCCAUUGAUGCGACUGACAGAGUGGUCGAGUGACCCUGCAAGCGCUAAGCUAUGCGCUGAGGACUGGGACUUUUAAGGCGCCAGUGAGCUGGGAGAGACCGUGUACCAUACUGGAAUGAACACUUGCUGCCCCUUCGGAUGUGAGGGGGACGAGGGUAAUGCUGCACUCGCCCACUGGGUCUCUAGGUCUCGAAGGCCCCUUCCAAGAUGCAGCCACUCCGAGAGUGCUUCA